AUGGCCAAGAUUCCACGCAACUUCCGUCUACUGGAAGAGCUUGAGAAGGGCGAAAAGGGCAUCGGCGACGGCUCGUGCUCCUACGGUCUCGAGGAUGGCGACGAUAUCAUGAUGAGCCACUGGAACGGCACCGUCAUCGGUCCAGGACAUACCGUGCACGAGAACCGCAUUUACAGCCUCAAGAUAACGUGCGGCGACAACUACCCCGACGAGCCACCCGUCAUCCAGUUCAUCUCCCGCGUCAACCUCCCUUUCGUCAGCCAAACGGAUGGCAAGGUCGACGUCACCAAGCUGCCCGUCCUCGCUCAUUGGAAUAGGAAUAGCACGAUGGAGACUGUUUUGGUAGAGAUUAGAAGGGAGAUGGCCUCGUUCAACAACCGGAAGCUUCCUCAGCCGCCGGAAGGAAGCACAUUCUAA